UUAAACUACAGCUUUUGGUUGGGCCAGUGUGUUCAGCCCGUCCCGGCCAGAUCCCCUGUGGGCGUCGUUUGGCCUAACGCCACCGGGCCUGGAGUCAUUCACAGCCAUGCAAAAGCCAGGGCUACAAGGCUGCAAAAUGCCAGGCCGUAAAGCCCAGAACACACCCCAGCACAGGCUGCGGGCUGGCCACUAGGCCACGCUGCCCCUGCCCCGGCCCGUGCUUGGGGCUGUACAAACACAACCCCUGCUGUCCUUUCGACACUCUGCCCAGUGCAUUACAGCCGAGGGUGUGAAAAGCACAAGAGAGAUUCUCACGGGAGCCUAACACCCUCCACCCUGGAAUCUCCCAAGCCGAUUAGUGCCCUGGCACUUCUGAAACCAAACCCUGUUUACCUGGUAGAGUUUCAGGAUGCCAAGAAUGGCACCGUCUCCCCUUACCAACCAGCCUGCCUAUAACAGCCGAGCCGGCACUGGCUCUUGGCCAUUCACCGGCUGUGUCCACCAUGGAGCUCGGGGGAGCCGUGACCAUAUUCCUGGCUCUCUGCCUCUCCUGCCUGCUUCUCCUUUCGGCGUGGAAGAAAAUGCACAAGGGAGGGAAGCUGCCCCCGGGGCCGACCCCUCUGCCCUUCCUCGGCAACCUGCUGCAGCUGAAGACCGAGACUUUCAAGUCGUUCAUGGCGCUGCGGGAGAAGUACGGCCCGGUGUUCACGGUGCACCUGGGCCCGCGGCGGGUGGUGGUGCUGUGCGGGCACGAGGCCGUGAAGGAAGCCCUGGUGGAUCACGCGGAGGAGUUCAGCGGCAGAGGGGAGCUGGCGUCCAUCGACCGGAAUUUCAAGGGCUUCGGGGUGGCUUUGGCCAACGGGGAGCGGUGGCGGCAGCUGCGCCGGUUCUCCCUCACGGCGCUGCGGAACUUCGGCAUGGGCAAGCGGAGCAUCGAGGAGCGGAUCCAGGAGGAGGCCCAGUUCCUGCUGGAGGAGUUCAGGAAAACCCGAGGUUUGCCCUUUGACCCGAUCUUCUUCCUGAGCCGCACGGUCUCCAACGUCAUCAGCGCCGUCGUCUUCGGGAGCCGCUUCGACUACGAGGACGAGACGUUCCUGUCCCUGCUGCGCAUGAUCAAUGAGAGCUUCGUAGAGAUGAGCACUCCCUGGGCCCAGCUCUACGACAUGUACUCCUGCGUCAUGCAGUACCUGCCCGGGCGCCAUCACCGCAUCUACCACCUCAUCGAGGACCUCAAGGCCUUCAUCGCCGAGCGGGUGAAGAUCAACCAGGCCUCGCUCGACCCCAACGCCCCGCGGGAUUUCAUUGACUGCUUCCUCAUCCAGAUGGAAAAGGAAAAGAAAAACCCCGACAGUGAGUUCAACACCAAGAACUUGGUGCUCACCACGCUCAACUUGUUCUUCGCCGGCACGGAGACCGUCAGCUCCACCCUGAGAUACGGGUUCCUCUUCCUCAUGAAGUACCCGGAAGUCGAAGAAAAGGUGCACCAGGAAAUCGACCACGUCAUCGGCCGCAACCGCGUCCCCGCCAGCGAGGACCGGAUGAAGAUGCCCUACACGGACGCGGUGAUCCACGAGAUCCAGAGGGUGACGGAUAUCGUGCCCAUGGGGGUGCCGCACACGGUGAUCCGGGACACCCAGUUCCGGGGGUUCACCCUCCCCAAGGGCACCAACGUGUUCCCCUUACUGGGCUCUGUCCUACGGGACGCGAAAUACUUCAGCCACCCAGAAGAAUUCAACCCGGGGCACUUCCUGGACGAGACCGGCCGCUUUAAGAAGAACGACGCCUUCGUGCCGUUCUCCUCAGGGAAGCGGGUGUGCCUGGGCGAGGCGCUGGCCCGCAUGGAGCUCUUCCUGUACUUCACCACCACCCUGCAGAGCUUCUCGCUGAAACCCCUCCUGCCCCCCACGGACAUCGACAUCAGCCCAAAAGUGAGUGGGUUCGGGAACGUGCCCCCCACGUACGAGAUGUGCCUGGUCCCUCGCUGAAGAACGUCAGCUACCAGGUGGGGAGGCCGCAGGGGAGGAUAGCGACCAGUUGCCGAGCCUUUUAGGAGCUAGUUGGAAAAUUGCUGCACCCUGCGUUAGUUCAUCUUCAGCAAUGGGCAGAUCUCUGCCAGGAGCUCAGAUCAGUUCCGCUUAGCAGCCUUCCAAGGGCUUUUCUUCCUAGCGCAAAAACCGGUCCGGUCCUUAGAGGGCUCCACUGAGGCUCGAUUCCUAGAUAUGAAAACUAGAAAAGCCCCCAGUGGUUCCUGCAUCCAGCCCAUAAGUUGUGGUUGAGCUGGAGCGCAGAACGAGACACCCAGUUGCAGUGUGAAGUCUCCAAGCCGUGAAGAAUCGACCGGGUGGGGCCGGCUGAGGGGAGGCCGGGUUUGAUGCUUCCGUGCUCACCACCUUUGUCCAGCUGGAGUCCCCCAGCCACCAGCUGCGGAGCUGGACUGACGUGGCCGUGACGGCCCCGUGGGUGGGUUAUUCCGGGGGGUUGGAAGGCAGGGUCUGUGGGCCUAAAAGCAGAAGGAGACAGAGCCACAGGAUGUUAACGUAGCCAUUCAGGAGCACAACUUUCUAGUGUCGACUGGAACCCGCCCACGGAGGGGACACAGGUUUGCUGGAAAUUUUGGAGCCGUUUCAAUUGCUCAGGGUUGGAAACAGACCCACCUUUCUUCCCCACCCCACCCCCCACCUAAAAUCAUUAGAGACUUUUCAAUAUUUUUGCCAGACUUUUUUCACUUUCUCUCCAUUCGCGUCUGUCAGUCUUUGGUCUUUCCCCUCCUUUUCUUCACCUAAAAAAAAAGUCAAGUGACGGGCAGAGGCACGAAGAGAGAAGGCAGCAGUGACAAAGGAAUCAAUAUUAUUUUUUAAGUGGACGUUUACCCAAAUAAUUCCAACAGGGAUCGUUUUCACUGCAUCUUUUGACCUGCCCCGGUGCAAAGGAAAGUCCGAUUGCUUCUUUCCAUCCCCAGUGACUGUCCGUGGCAGACUCCCCCUGCCCGUUGGUUGUUCUUUAUCUGGGACUUCUGCAGAGCUUAAUUUUGCAAUUAAUGUAAAUAAACGAGCCCCUGUGUGACUAGCCAGGAGACUUGCGUUCUGUUUGCA